UUGGACCCUGACGUCACCAGUUGAACAACAGCAGCACUUCCCCUUCGGGACGCUUCGCCAUAACAACGCGUCCCUCUCGGCUUUUAUCCCGGCUUGCCUUCGCGAAAGAAAUGCAGCCGAGAAAGCAACACGUCCUGCUCCUCUGGUUGCUUUUCUACUCCAGCAUGGCGGAGGCGCUGGAACCCAUUAGCACCACUAUCGCAGUAGGAAUGGCUGCGGCUCUCACGGGAAUUUUAGCGAGAUACCAGAACAUUUUCUACUACUUCCACGAGUGCUGCCGACCCGAGUGGAUAUCAUUCAAUAUAACAAGACUCAAGACGGACCUGGACAGCAAGCUGUUCGGACAGCACAUUGCGUCCCGCAUCAUCUUAAAAGCCGUGAACGGCUUCAUGAGCAACACGAACCCGAAGAAGCCCCUGGUGCUCUCUCUCCACGGGUGGACCGGCACCGGGAAGAACUUUGUGAGCCAGCUCAUCGCCGAAAGCGUUUAUGCCGAAGGAAUGCACAGCUGCUUCGUCCACGUGUUCACGUCCACGCUUCACUUCCCGCACGCGGAGCACAUAGCCACCUACAAGUCUCAGUUGCAGCAGUGGGUCAGAGGCAAUGUGACCAACUGUGAGCGCUCCAUGUUCAUCUUUGACGAGAUGGACAAGAUGCACCCGGGCCUGAUUGACAGCAUCAAGCCAUACCUGGACUACUAUGACAAGCUGGAUGGGGUUUCUUAUCGGAAAUCCAUCUUCAUCUUCCUCAGCAACGCAGGAGGAGAAGGCAUCAUCCAGACGGCUCUGGAGUUCUGGAAAGCGGGAAAAAAUCGAGAAGAGAUCGAGCUCAAAGACCUGGAAACAGCACUCUCGCUGUCCGUGUUCAACAACAACAAAAGCGGCUUCUUUCGUACAAGUUUGAUCGACAAGAACCUGGUGGACUUCUUCGUUCCCUUCCUGCCUCUGGAGUACGAGCACGUGGUACAGUGCGCCAUGGCUGAGAUGGAAGCCAGAAACCUCAAACCGAACCCCGACGUGGCGGACAUGGUGGCCAGGGAUUUGGUCUACUUCCCCAAAUCUGAGCGAGUGUUCUCCGUCAAAGGCUGCAAGACGAUAGAGAGCAAACUGGACUUCUACACAUAGAUGUGCGCAUUUGAAGGACGUGAAAACGAGUCACUAAGUGCACUUUUUUUUUUUAGAAAAAGAACUUUGCAGCCAAAAUGACUAGAGACAGGAAGCCAGUCUGGCUGAAGAGAGUUAAGUGAAGGUUUUUUCUGUCUGACCUUGUGGCCAUCAAGCCAUCAGGAGGCCUUCUCACUUACACUCAGCGCCAGCCGGAUGAAAUAUUCAAGCGGUCGGAGCGAUUUGUCGCUUGCGAAGGAGCUUAACCUCUGCUUUUAUGUCGCCAGUCUCGGACGGUUGUGUUUGCUUGCAGAAACUCUUAAAUAUUGAUGUCUUCCUGUUAGGGAAACCCGUUUCCCUUUGGAGCCGUUCUCCGACGUGUUCUUGACGCGAACGGACUGCCUUAAAUCUUUAUCUCAGUUUCUACUAGAAUUUUUACAGAUCAACAGCUGUUCAUUUACCUCAAUAAACGAGCAGCUGGUGGUGGAGGUGAGGUGAAAACGGGAAGUCUUUUAUUCUGCACUGUUGAACCUCACUGCACUGCAAAGAUUACACAAGUGAAAUGAAGUGUUGUAACGUGACUUGUUUUUAAGAAACUCAGAAUUGUUGUCUUGUCGUCAAUUUUGAUCGUCUGAAUGGAAACAGUUUCGGUUGGCGUUUCCCAACCGCUUCUUAAAAUGUCAGGUUUUUGUUACGAAAAGAAAACGAGUCCAUGACAAAUCGCUUUAAAACAUUUUCACAUGUAAUGUUGGGGAUAAAUUUAUCGUUAUGACAACAUAAUGCGGUGUAAUUAUAUUUUAAAAGGUAAAGGUUUUAGAGAAUUAACUUAGACAUUGACCUGAAGCCAUUUUGUAAUAAAUCCUUGCUAAGAUGGACAUUUAUUUCAUUUUUCCAACACUCAGACGGAUGAUAAUCUAUGAUUUUUGUUUUCAGGAAACCAAAAGCAGAAAGACCUUAACAAUACAGACCUUACACACGUUAUCAAAUAUCGCAUCUUUUAGUACAACUCUAAUACAGAUCAGCUGAAAAUUAAUAAAUCAGUUGGAAAGCAUUAGCUUAGCUGCAGUAGCCUAGUUUUAUAAGCUUUAAACUUUAUUAAUUUAAGCAUCUGGGCAUCUUUCAUCCAGCAUUUUGACUUGCAACAAUUCUCCAAGUCUAUUUCAUGAGGCGAUUUACAAUUGAUGUUUGUUCUGAACUUUAGCUUGGCCAUGACAAAAUAUCAUCGCAAUAUCAGUACGUGCAAAAUCAAAGUUAGCGGUGCACCGAUAAUUUUGGUGCACCGCUAAACGAAAGAAAUCAACCCUGAUUUCUUGCGUUUUGGUUUGAUCAGCAAUCGGCCGAUACGUACAUAAAUCCACCGAUCUUAUCUAUCCCCGCAAAAGUCUGAAAAUUAUGUUUGUAGGUGCGGGGUUAACAAUUGUCAUCCUAUUGCUGCCAACUUGGUGUCUUUGUUGCUGUAUUUAGUGACUUUAGAAACAAAAAUAAACAAAAGCCAAAAUUGGUAUCGGCAGGUCAUUCAUU